AUGGCUUCUUCUUCUUCUUCAGACUCCCUGUCCCUGAGCACAACACGCUCCUCGACCAAAUCUAACAUGCACAUCCCUAUGCCACCGUCAUCGUCGCAGAAAUCUUCCCGGCACCAUCACCACGUCCACAUCGCGACCCCUCACCCAUUGGCCUCGACAACACAAUUCCUCGACAAACACGUCCCUCUAUUCGCGAAGCACCACGCCGAAUUCACUGCUCAAGCUGAGCUCCGUGUCGCCAAGCACGAAGCCCGUCGCAGCAUGGGCGCCACCCCGAUCCCUGAGAUGGAAGCGGACGCGGAGAACGGGACUAUCAGCACGGCGAUCCACGCUGCAACAGUCACGAGCACCGCACCUGCCCGGGCAGGCCUUGACGAAGCGAACGAGGCUUGGAACGCCGUGCUUGCCCAGCGCGAGGCUGCGCGUAAAAGAGCCGGAUCGCAAAUGACUCCCUCCGAAGCCGCCGAGCGUGCUCGUGUGGACGAGGUCAGCGAUUCGGAUUCUCUCAGUCCCGUUACGUCAGGGUGUAAGGGUGAUUCCGGAUCACCUGCUAUUACUCCUUAA